UUUAUCUGUUUCUAAGAGAAAGGUUCACCUGAGGAUAGUGUAAUUUUGUCUUUCAUCGGAGACACUUGACUUACCGGGUUAUAUUGACCAAAUCGACCUCAGUUGAUUAGGUAUCUGAAUGUUUACAUUGUGAAUCAUACAAGUUUUAAUUUGAAGAGUUGUUGAAGUACUUUAUACGUGAAAAUAUUAGUUGUGUUGAAAUUGUCAUCGAGAGGAAUAAUAUAAAACUUCGGUUCCAUUAAAAACUUACAAUGAAGUGACCUCUGCGUACCUUGUCGAAUAUUACAAGUUCUGAGUGCUGGUAUGAUGUUCAAGACAGUUAUUUUCAUAACCAUCGCUAUAAUUCGCAUUGAGAUUAUAAAGGGGUUUUCUCCAGAUACAACAUGUGGAGUAUCCAAAGGAUGUUUCAAGUCGUACGAGUGUUCAUCCGGGGAUUGCACGUACUUGGUCACAUGGUACAAGAACGGGGACAAGAUUACAUUUGAGUACACCUCUACCAUUAAAGGAUCCAGUAAAUAUCUGUGUUUAGGAUUCUCCGAUGAUGACGACAUGGGUGACGACAGCACAAUAGCUUGUAAAUAUGUGUCCGGCAGCGUCUCAGUAGAAGAAGGGUACAAUGUGGAGGAAACUUACACCAGAUUGUCCAAUCCGCUGGAGAAAAUUUCAAAUAUUGUAACUUCUGCGACUGGGUCCAUAUUUAAGUGUUCAUUUGAUAGGCAAAUCAAUUCAACAAAUCCAAAAAUCUUCGAUUUGAAUACAAAAUGGUACCUUCUUAUUGCAGAAGGAUUCAUAACAGAUGGAGUUCUGCAGGAACAUUAUGCUCACAAACCUCCCAGAACAAAGCAUGCUGUCGAUUUAUUUGGAUUUGAGGUGAUCACUGGGAAGAAACUGAAAGAGCCAACAGCAAAACUACACGGUCUAGUGAUGGUUUUAGCUUGGAUGGUCUUCUCGAGUGUGGGCUUGGUUAUUGCCCGGUACUUCAAAUCAGAAUGGAGCGAAAGAGUUAUUCUUGGGCAAAAAGUCUGGUUUCAGGUUCAUCGUGCUUGUAUGGUACUUGUAUUGGUCCUAACGGUGACGUCUUUUAUGAUCAUUAUACUGGAUGCAGAGAAAUACAGAGAUAAUUUAGAAGCAUCAGACAGAAAUUAUUUGAAUUCACAUCCUAUUUUAGGAAUUGUAGUCUUGAUUUUGACUUGUAUCAACCCAAUCAUGUCUUUCUUUCGGUGUUCCCCCGACGAUGACAGACGAAAAUACUUCAACUGGGCUCAUUUUAUUGUCGGGGUUUCUGCCCAUAUUUUAGCAGUGAUAAACAUAAUUUUUGGUCUGCAAUUGACGAAAGCUGGAGUAAAGAUAGGAGCUACAUAUGUAAUGUAUGUGUACAUUGCUGUAUUUGUUCUAUUCGAAGUUAUGUUUGAAAUUCUGAAGAUGAGGGAACGCACUCAGACUGCAGAUGCAAAGAAUACAAUAAGCAUGACAAAUAUGGAUCACAAUGGGAAGUCUGAAAAGCAGAGCGCAAAUAGCAAGUUUUCUAGGAUGAGGAUUUUUCUUCUUAUCGCUCACUUGGUGUCCCUCGGAGUAUUGUCAUUGACUGUCAUAGUCUAUAUAUUACUGGACAUAUGAAGAGGAUAAAAUGAAAUUAUAAAAAAAUAUUAAGAGAACAGAUUAAAAAUCAAUGGAACAAAGUUAAGGAGUGGUAACUUUUUUCAGGGAACACCAUUUUACUUAUUAGUUUCCAGUUUCAAAACUACAUAAAGUACACAUGCAUGUAAAAAUGUCAAUUAGUUUAUUAUAACUGGGAUGUAGUAAUCAUUAAAUCUAGUCCAAUAUCCAUUGAUUAAUGAAAAUUCAUUUCAGUACUGCUUAAGUGAAAAUUAGAAUAAUAUUUGGAAAAAUAUCAAGUUCACUUGUAUGUUUCUUCUCAAUUGCAUGACAAUUUUAUGCUAUGGUAGAUCU